GUCCGUAGCCGGAUUUUUCUCGGCUCCGCAGCGCAGGAAGCGCCGCGCGGGGCUGCUGCAGAGGACCGGCUCCAAAUGUCCCCCAAAAGAUGAGAUUUUAGCCAUUCCUGGUUAGAAUCUACGAAGGAAGCUUGAGAUGUCGGAAGGCCCCUCCAGGAUCACAGGUCCCAUUCCUCCAGAUCCUACCCUGUGUCCGGAUUACUACAGACGCCCACUAUCAGCACGAGGAAGGUUAGAAGGGAACUCCCUGAAAUUGGAUCUGCUCCCUGGCCCCAUCCCGCCAGAGUUCAGCCUCUAUCCUGGGUGCUACAGUGCUCGCUGCCCGCAGCCUCCUCCACGGAUUAAGCCCAACGCCAAGGACAUCUUGGAGAAGGGACAAAAUGGCACCGUAGGAGUUCUCCUGAAGCUAGAUGAGAUCUCCUUUGAGGAACUGAGGCCCAAACGCAGGGAUCACAAAGACCACGAGAAGGAGAAUCUGAGGCGCAUGAGAGAAAUCCAGCGGAAGUGCCGAGAGAAAGAACAAGCCAGGCAGCUGAGCCAACCCAAACCCGUGAAAGCCCUGUGGAAGUCCCAGAAGUAUGAAAACGUGGAAUCCAAAGUCAAGGCAAAGUUGCAGGAGAGUCCCAGCCCACCACAUCCAGAGGCUCAGAAGUUCCUGAGAGCCUAUUCUCGCUGCGGCACAGGAAUUCAUCCACGCCGAUCUCCAUCCCCGAACCCUCCCCAGUUGUGUGAAAUGGAUCCAGGAGCUGCCCCGGCUCAGAAUGGGAACGGCAAGGUCCCAGAGAACAACAGUAAAGUGGAUUUCGUCAGCCACAACGCCCAAAACGCGAAACGCGCCUCGAUGCAACGCUCCCGCUCCCUGCAGUCAAUCCACAAAGUCCUGGAGCAGAAGCAGAAGGAUCUGGAAGAGUACAACACCAAGCAGAAAGGCCACGUGCCCCACUAUGGUAUGCAGUACAACAGGGGCCAAGAGAACUUCUUAAAGGAGCUCCUGUUGCUUCCCGUGAGAGUCGAUACCCUGAGUGUUCACACCCGGCGUGUUUCUUUAGAGAAGAAGCUGUCACAGAUCGAAGAGGCCCUCAAAAUCUUCUCCCGACCCAAAGUCUUCAUCAAGUUGGACUCCUAA